ACCCAAAACAAAAGCAGAGGAAGGAGCUCACGAGUGUCUCCCUUCUUCCUCAAAAACAACAACAGAAGAGAAAAACAAAUCACCUAAACCAGACCCAUGUCUCAUGAUACUAAGAUCCUCUGUUCCAUUUUCCUACUCCUCCUUCAAUACCAAUUCAAAUUUUGCACCCCCACUGACACCAUAAACACCACCCAGUCCCUGAAAGAUGGUGACUUGCUCAUCUCCAGCAAUCAAACCUUUGCCCUGGGGUUCUUUACCCCCGGAAAAUCGACAAACCGGUACCUCGGAAUAUGGUACAACAAGGUUUCCGAGCAGACCGUUGUCUGGGUCGCCAACAGGGGCGACCCAAUCAACGACACAUCUGGUUCGCUCUCAUUCGACGUCACGGGAAAUCUGGGAAAUCUGGUCGUAACCGGUCCAGACCGGAGCAAUCCUGUCUGGUCCACAAAUGUUUCGGAUCCGACGGUGGCAAAAAACUCCUCGGCUCAGCUACUGGAUUCAGGAAAUUUGGUGGUGCUUGAUAGCAAUGGGGUGGUUGUGUGGCAGAGCUUUGAUUAUCCUACGAAUACUUUGCUUCCCAACAUGAGAUUCGGUGUGAACCGGAAAACCAGUCUGGACCGGUUCCUGACAUCUUGGAAGUCGGGCGAUGACCCGGGACCCGGGGAGUACUCUUUCAAAAUGGAUCUUAACGGGUCUCCUCAAUCGUUUCUGUACAAGGGUUCGGGGCUGGUUUGGCGGUUGGGUUCGUGGAUAGGGCGCGAGUGGAGCGGUAUACCCGAGAUGACAACUAAAUUCAUCUUCAACCUCAGUUAUGUCGAAAAUCAGGACGAGGUAACUAUGAGUUACUCUAUUCGUGACCCCUCGAUUUCCUCGAGAUUGGUGCUCAACGAAUCCGGGACGCUCCAGAGGUUGACGUGGAAUGAUAAUGAGCAUAGAUGGGUUGAGAUUUACGCAGGUCCGCAAAAACCCUGCGACUCCUACAACUACUGCGGCCCAAACGGUAACUGCGACCCGUCCAACAUAGUCAUGGGCCAGUUCGAAUGCACGUGCCUGCCCGGGUUCGAGCCCAAGUCGGCACGCGACUGGUACCUGUGGGUCGGGUCGGGCGGGUGCGUGAGGAAGCAGGGCUGGCACGUGUGCGGGAGCGGCGAGGGCUUUGAGAAGGUGCCACUUGCGAAGGUGCCGAACACGUGGACGGCACGUGUGGAUAGGGGUGUGACGGGGCUAAAAGAGUGUGAGUCGGAGUGCUUGAGGAACUGCUCAUGCAUUGCGUAUGCGAGUGCGGAUGUUUCUCACGGGGACGGUGGAUGCGUGACGUGGCAUGGGGAUUUAAUGGACUCCAGAGUGUUUUCAAGUGGGGGCCAGGAUUUAUACAUUCGGGUUGAUGCGGUUGAAUUAGCCCAAUAUUUGAAGUCUCAACGACACACUCAUGGGAAGAAGGGAAUGGUGGCAGCAAUAGCGGCCUCUGUUACUGCGGUUUCGCUUCUCACAUUCUGCUUAAUUUGUUGGUUGGUGGUGAAGAAAAGAAGAGGAAUAAGAGAACGACAAAAUUUAUUAUUUAGUCCCGAUAGUACAGCAUGCCUUGAAGCCUCCUCAAUGGGAAAACACUUUGAUGAAAGUGGCACGAAUUCAGAACUACCAUAUUUUGACCUAAGCAUCAUUGUCUCAGCCACAAGCAAUUUUUCGGUGGAUAACAAGCUUGGGGAAGGUGGAUUUGGCGCCGUGUAUAAGGGUCAGCUACAUAAUGGACAAGAAAUCGCAGUCAAAAGGCUAGCAAAGAAUUCAGGACAAGGGGCGGAGGAAUUCAAGACUGAAGUUACAUUGAUUGCCAAACUGCAGCACAGGAACCUAGUGAGGUUGUUGGGAUAUUGCAUUCAAAAAGAUGAGAAAAUGUUGAUCUAUGAGUACUUGCCAAACAAGGGCUUGGACUCUUUCAUCUUUGAUAGGACAAAAGGCUCGUUUAUGGAUUGGAAAAUGCGCUUCAACAUUGUUUUGGGGAUUGCUAGAGGGCUAUUAUACCUUCACCAAGACUCUAGACUAAGGAUAAUCCAUAGGGACCUAAAAGCCAGCAAUGUGUUACUAGAUGCAGAAAUGAAUCCGAAAAUAUCGGAUUUUGGUAUGGCCAAAAUUUUCAGAAAGGACCAGAUUGAAGCUAAUACAAACAGGGUGGUCGGAACAUACGGCUAUAUGUCACCUGAGUACGCAAUGGAAGGGCUAUUUUCAGUAAAAUCUGAUGUUUUCAGCUUCGGGGUUUUGCUCUUGGAGAUCGUUACUGGCAGAAAGAACAUCAGCUAUAUUCUGGAUAAAGCUGUGAAUUUAAUUGGGCAUGUUUGGAGCUUGUGGCAAGAAGGCCGGGCUGUGGAAAUAGUUGGUUCAUGGAUGACAGAAUCAGAUUCGGAUAAAGAAGUUUUGAGGUGCAUUCACAUCGCCCUGUUGUGCGUGCAAGAAUCAGCCAACGAUAGGCCAAAGAUGUCGGAUGUUGCUUUCAUGUUGUGUAAGGAAACAGCGCUGCCUCCCCCUAAGCAGCCUGCUUUCAUCUUCAAAGGAGCCGGCAACAGGCCGGGCAUGUCCUCAUCAGCAAGCGCUGGAGCAGUUUCUUUAAAUGAUUUUAGCCUUUCAGCUAUUCAACUGAGUUUAGCUUCUGGUAUUGAUAGCAACCCUUCUAGAAGCCAAAGGGACAUUAAUGAAAAUCUAUAUGCUCUGUUUAAUGGAAGCGGCAGUUUCACUCUAUGGCAAAGGAGGGUGAAGGAUAUCCUUGUUCAACAAGGUUUGGCUAGGGUGUUGAAGGGAAAGGAUGCGAAGCCGGAAACGAUGAAAGAUGAUGAUUGGGAGGAGUUGGAGUCGAAGUGUGUGAGCACUAUUCGACUUUGUAUUGCUGAUAAUAUUAUUAACCAUGUCAUGGAUGAGGAUUCGGCAUCGGCCUUGUGGGAGAAGUUGGAAAAGCUUUACCUUGCGAAGAGCUUGACCAACAAGUUGCAUCUGAAGCGGCAGUUGUACAAGCUGAAGAUGGAGGAAGGCGGGAAUCUCAUGGAGCACAUGAACGUGUUCAAUGGUUAUUUGAAUCAGCUUCGAAAAAUUGAUGCAAAGAUAGAGGAGGAAGACAAGGCCCUUUUGCUUCUUACUUCACUUCCAACUUCCUAUGAUACUUUGGUGACGACUCUCUUGUAUGGGAAAGAUACAGUGAGUUUGGAGCAGGUGCAGUCGGCGUUGGUUUCUCAUUUUACUCAAAAAAAAUCAAGUUCUGAGGGUGGAGAAAAUUCGGCACUUGCGGUUCAAAGUGAGAAUCGGGGAAGGACAUCUGAUGCGCGAUUGUCCUUUGCGGAAGAACAAAGGAAGAAAUUUGAUGAUGCUUCGAGUGGUAGUUCUUUGGUGGUAGCAGAUGAUGGAGAUCUUCUCACAAUCUCCGAAGGUAUAAACACUACUUCUCGUGAUGAGUGGAUUUUAGAUUCGGGUUGCACUAUGCAUAUAAAAAUGUUUGAUGGAGCGGUUCGUACUUUGGGUGGUGUGGCUUAUGUCCCGAAGUUACGAAGGAAUCUAAUUUCACUUAGCCGGAUGGAUUCCAUUGGGUGCAAAUAUUUUGCUGGAGGUGGAGCCAUGAAAAUCACAUGCGGCGGUAAGAUUCUAAUGAAAGGAGAGAAGUGCAAAGGGUUGUAUCGGUUGAUUGGCAAAACUGUUUACUCGACGAAGGUUUGGAAACGGUGUGCACAGGGAAAUGGGUACCCAAGGUGUGAGUCUUUUGCGGCGAAGACAAAGUUAUGUUUCCAAGUUGCCAAUGUUUGUGAGAGUGAAAAUCCUGUUGGUGGAGAGGACGGGUCGAGGUCCUACUCUCGUCUGUUGUUUUCAAGGCUUGGUGGUGGCGCGGUGAUGCGUGGAAUUUUCACCAAGGUGGAGAUUUGUUGGGAUGAAACCAGACCCAUGUCUCAUGAUACUAAGAUCCUCUGUUCCAUUUUCCUACUCCUCCUUCAAUACCAAUUCCAAUUUUGCACCCCCACAGACACCAUAAACACCACCCAGUCCCUGAAAGAUGGUGACUUGCUCAUCUCCAGUAAUCAAACCUUUGCCCUGGGGUUCUUUACCCCCGGAAAAUCAACAAACCGGUACCUCGGAAUAUGGUACAACAAGGUUUCCGAGCAGACCGUUGUCUGGGUCGCCAACAGGGGCGACCCAAUCAACAACACAUCCGGUUCCCUCUCAUUUGACGUCACGGGAAAUCUGGUCGUAACCGGUCCAGACCUUAGCAAUCCGGUCUGGUCCACAAAUGUUUCUGAUCCGACGGUGGCAAAAAACUCCUCGGCUCAGCUACUGGAUUCAGGAAAUUUGGUGGUGCUUGAUAGCAAUGGGGUAGUUGUGUGGCAGAGCUUUGAUUAUCCUACGAAUACUUUGCUUCCCAACUUGAGAUUCGGUGUGAACCGGAAAACCGGUCUGAACCGGUUCCUGACGUCUUGGAAGUCGGGCGAUGACCCUGGACUCGGGGAGUACUCUUUGAAAAUGGUCCUUAACGGGUCUCCUCAAUUCAUUGUGUACAAGGGUUCGAAGCUGGAUUGGCGGGCGGGUUCGUGGAUAGGGCGCAGGUGGAGCGGUAUACCCGAGAUGACAUUUAAGUACAUCAAGGACAACUACGUCGAAAAUCAGGAUGAGGUAACUUUGAGUUACUCUUUUCGUGACCCCUCAAUUACCUCGAGAUUGGUGCUCAACGAAUCCGGGGCACUCCAGUGGUUGACGUGGAAAGAUAACGAGCAUAGCUGGGUUGAGAUAUACGCAGGUCCGAAAAAACCCUGUGACUCCUACAACUUCUGCGGCCCAAACGGUAACUGCGACCCGUCCAACCUAGGCGUGGGCCAGUUCGAAUGCAUGUGCCUGCCCGGGUUCGAGCCCAAGUCGGCACGCGACUGGUACCUAAGGGACGGGUCGGGCGGGUGCGUGAGGAAGCGGGGCGGGCACGUGUGCGGGAGCGGUGAGGGCUUCGAGAAGGUGCCACUUGCAAAGGUGCCAAACACGUGGACGGCACAUGUGGAUAGGGGUGUGCCGGGGCUAAAAGAGUGUGAGUCGGAGUGCUUGAGGAACUGCUCGUGCAAUGCGUAUGCGAGUGCGGAUGUUUCUCGCGGGGACAGUGGAUGUGUGACGUGGCAUGGGGAUUUAAUGGACACCAGAGUGUUUUCAAGUGCGGGACAGGACUUAUACAUUCGGGUUGAUGCGGUUGAAUUAGCCCAAUAUUUGAAGUCUCAACGACACACUCAUGGGAAGAAGGGAAUGGCGGCAGCAAUAGCGGCCUCUAUUACUGCGGUUUCGCUUCUCACAUUCUGCUUAAUUUGUUGGUUGGUGGUGAAGAAAAGAAGAGGAAUAAGAGAACAACAAAAUUUAUUAUUUAGUCCCGACAGUACAACAUGCCUCGAAGCCUCCUCAAUGGGAAAACACUUUGAUGAAAGUGGCACGAAUCCAAAACUACCAUAUUUGGACCUAAGCAUCAUUGUCUCAGCCACAAGCAAUUUUUCGUUGGAUAACAAGCUUGGUGAAGGUGGAUUUGGCAUCGUGUAUAAGGGUCGGCUACAUAAUGGACAAGAAAUCGCAGUCAAAAGGCUAGCAAAGAAUUCAGGACAAGGGGCGGAGGAAUUCAAGACUGAAGUUACAUUGAUUGCCAAACUGCAGCACAGGAACCUAGUGAGGUUGUUGGGAUAUUGCAUUCAUAAAGAUGAGAAAAUGUUGAUCUAUGAGUACUUGCCAAACAAGGGCUUGGACUCUUUCAUCUUUGAUCGGACAAAAGGCUCGUUUAUAGAUUGGAAAAUGCGGUUCAACAUUGUUUUGGGGAUCGCUAGAGGGCUAUUAUACCUUCACCAAGACUCUAGACUAAGGAUAAUCCAUAGGGACCUAAAAGCUAGCAAUGUGUUACUAGAUGCAGAAAUGAAUCCGAAAAUAUCGGAUUUUGGUAUGGCAAAAAUUUUCGGAAAGGACCAGAUUGAAGCUAAUACAAACAGGGUGGUCGGAACAUACGGCUAUAUGUCACCUGAGUACGCAAUGGAAGGGCUAUUUUCAAUAAAAUCUGAUAUUUUCAGCUUCGGGGUUUUGCUCUUGGAGAUCAUUACUUGCAGAAAGAACAUCAGCUAUAUUCUGGAUAAUGCUGUGAAUUUAAUUGGGCAUGUUUGGAGCUUGUGGCAAAAAGGCCGUGCUAUGGAAAUUGUUGGUUCAUGGAUGACCGAAUCAGAUUCGGAUAAAGAAGUCUUGAGGUGCAUUCACAUCGCCCUGUUGUGCGUGGAAGAAUCAGCCAACGAUAGGCCAAAUAUGUCGGAUGUUGCUUUCAUGUUGUGUAACGAAACUGCGCUGCCUCCCCCUAAGCAGCCUGCUUUCGUCUUCAAAGGAGCUGGCAACAGGCCGGUCAUGUCCUCAUCAGCAAGCGCUGGAGCAGUUUCUAUAAAUGAUGUUACCCUUUCGGCUAUUCAAGCUAGAUAGGUGCUAAAAAAUUGCAUAGAUGUGUUCUUGCUUGCUCUUUCACCAAAAUUAGAUGUCUUUAGCAUUUGUUUGCUAGAGUGGCUAUAACUGUAUAUGUUAGUAGUCACAGUCUCACAUGCAAAGGACGUGUUUGGAGCCUCACAUAGCUGUAAAUUAGAAUUUCACAUUCUUUUUUGAAUUCCUUUGAAUCAACAAACUUAAAUAGAGUCAAGGAAGGCAUAACUUCCAAUUACUUCAAAAUCUAUCGAAUAAGAUAUAGAGAGCUUUUUGGGAUGUUUUUCAAGAA